CCUUCUCAUUAACAUUCCUCACUUGUGGGUGUGAUGCUGAGAAGAUCUCCGGCGCGCUGAGCGGAGACGCGCAGUGUCCCUGUGCGUUCAGAGGAGGAAUCAGCUGCCGGCCGGAGAGGAGCGACGAGGAGGAGCGGAGGAAGAGACAGCAGAGCUACAAGACAAGCGACCAUUCCUUCACUGCCUGUCCUUUCACUGCUACGGCCACCUGCAGAAAACGGUCCUUUACUGCAGAUCUUUUUUUUUUCUCCGCAAGAUCGAAGGUCUCCAAUAUGUAUCGGAUCUAACACCUCUGGAGUGAAAGCGGAAUAGCAGACUCCCCUGGUGGAUGUGGACACCUAAACUGUGGACAUGGAAAAGAUAGUGAAUUUAUCCGUUUCAGUUCUCCUGGUUUUAUGGGGAUGCGCUCUUGGAGGCUCACCCAGUGUGCAGAUUGGGGGACUUUUUCCAAGGGGCGCGGAUCAAGAGUACAGCGCAUUUCGGAUAGGAAUGGUUCAGUUUGGCACCUCGGAAUUCAGACUGACGCCUCACAUUGACAAUCUGGAAGUGGCCAACAGCUUUGCUGUUACCAAUUGCUUCUGUUCGCAGUUCUCAAGAGGAGUCUACGCCAUUUUCGGAUUCUACGACAAGAAGUCUGUAAACACCAUCACAUCGUUUUGUGGGACGCUACAUGUCUCCUUCAUAACGCCCAGCUUCCCUCUGGAUGGAAAUCAGCAGUUCAUUAUCCAGAUGCGACCUGAUAUUAAGGGGCCCCUGCUCAGCCUCAUUGAGUACUACAAGUGGGACAAGUUUGCCUAUCUGUACGACAGCGACCGAGGCCUAACAACGCUGCAGGUUGUUCUGGAUACAGCAGCGGAAAAGAAGUGGCAGGUGACAGCCAUCAACGUGGGGAACCUGAAGGAUGAGAGGAAGGACGAAGCAUACCGCUCACUCUUCCAAGAUCUGGAGAACAAGAAGGAGAGGAGGGUGAUCCUGGACUGUGAACAGGACAAAGUGAAAGACAUCAUGGAGCAGGUCAUCACGAUCGGCAGACAUGUUAAAGGCUACCACUACAUUAUAGCCAAUCUGGGCUUCAUUGAUGGAGACCUGUCCAAAAUUCAGUAUGGAGGAGCCAACGUUUCAGGCUUUCAGAUUGUUGACUUUGAUGAUCCUUUGGUAUCAAAAUUUGACCAGCGAUGGGAGGCCCUGGAAGAAAAGGAAUAUCCAGGCGCUGACAGCAAAAUAAGGUACACAUCAGCGCUGACCUACGACGCUGUACAGGUGAUGACCGAAGCCUUCAGGUACCUGCACAAACAGCGCAUUGACUUCACCAGGAGGGCCAACAAUGGCGACUGCCUGGCCAACCCCGCCGUGCCGUGGGCUCAGGGGGUGGAGAUCGAGCGGGCGCUGAAACAGGUGCGAGUGGAAGGCUUGACGGGAACCAUCCAGUUUGAUCAACAUGGCAAGAGAGUCAAUUACUCAGUAAAUAUAAUGGAGUUAAAGAGUAACGGACCUGUCAAGAUUGGCUACUGGAAUGAAGUUGACAAAAUGGCUGUUACCAAAUCGGAUGUCUUUUCAAACGACACAACAGGAAUGGAAAACAAAACAGUUAUUGUCACCACUAUCUUGGAAGCUCCGUAUGUAAUGCUGAAAAAGAACGCCGACCUUUUUGUUGACAACGAACGCUAUGAGGGUUACUGUGUAGAUCUGGCUGCAGAGAUAGCAAAGCACUGUGGCUUCAAAUAUCAGCUGAAAAUAGUCGGGGAUGGCAAGUAUGGAGCCAGAGAUGCAGAGACCAAAAUCUGGAACGGGAUGGUUGGAGAGUUAGUGUAUGGGAAAGCCGACAUCGCAGUUGCUCCGUUGACCAUCACACUGGUGCGAGAAGAGGUGAUCGACUUCUCCAAACCCUUCAUGUCUCUGGGAAUCUCCAUCAUGAUCAAGAAGCCUCAGAAAUCCAAGCCUGGAGUGUUCUCCUUCCUGGAUCCACUGGCUUACGAGAUCUGGAUGUGCAUUGUUUUUGCCUACAUCGGCGUCAGCGUCGUGCUGUUCCUUGUGAGCCGCUUCAGCCCCUAUGAGUGGCACACUGAGGAGUACGAGGAUGGCCAGAUCCAGACCAAUGAGUCGACUAACGAGUUUGGCAUAUUCAACAGCCUGUGGUUCUCCCUCGGAGCCUUCAUGCGACAGGGCUGUGACAUCUCACCUAGAUCUCUGUCCGGGCGGAUUGUUGGUGGCGUGUGGUGGUUCUUCACUCUAAUCAUCAUCUCCUCCUACACGGCUAACCUGGCUGCCUUCCUGACUGUCGAGAGAAUGGUAUCCCCCAUUGAAAGUGCAGAGGACCUGGCUAAGCAGACUGAGAUAGCUUAUGGGACUCUGGACUCUGGCUCCACUAAAGAGUUUUUUAGGCGUUCAAAGAUUGCCCUCUUCGACAAAAUGUGGCAAUACAUGCGCAGUGCGGAGCCCUCUGUGUUUGUGAAAACCACAGCCGAGGGGGUUCUGAGAGUCCGUAAGUCCAAGGGGAAGUACGCCUACCUGCUGGAGUCCACCAUGAACGAGUACAUCGAGCAGCGAAAGCCCUGCGACACCAUGAAAGUGGGAGGCAACCUGGAUUCGAAAGGCUACGGGAUCGCCACGCCGAAAGGAUCCUCAUUAAGAAAUGCGGUUAACCUCGCAGUACUAAAACUGAAUGAGCAAGGCCUGUUGGACAAAUUGAAAAACAAAUGGUGGUACGACAAAGGAGAGUGCGGCAGCGGGGGAGGUGAUUCCAAGGAGAAGACGAGCGCCCUCAGCCUGAGCAACGUGGCUGGGGUCUUCUACAUUCUGGUCGGAGGACUCGGUUUGGCCAUGCUGGUGGCCUUGAUUGAGUUCUGUUACAAGUCCCGAGCCGAGGCGAAACGAAUGAAGGUGGCAAAGAAUGCACAGAAUAUUAACCCAACUUCCUCGCAGAAUUCACAGAAUUUUGCAACUUAUAAGGAAGGUUACAACAUGACCUUUGGGGAUGCCAUGAGGAAUAAAGCAAGACUUUCCGUCACAGGGAGUACUGGGGAGAAUGGUCGGGUGAUGACUCCAGAGUUUCCUAAAGCUGUCCACGCUGUCCCGUACGUGAGACCUGACAUGGGACUAAACGUCAGCCUGACAGAUCUGUCCUGAUCAACGAGAAACUUCUGAGUGCCUUACAAUGGUUUCAAUAGAGCGAUUUUUUGUUUGUUUUUUUGUUGUUGUCCUUCCCACCCUGCUCCUGUUCUGGCGCUUUUCUUUUUGUCUGUGUGGUGAAAAAGGAAAGGUAGGAGAUGGAGGCUUCAUUUUGUCUAUCACAAAGACUUGUAUUGUUGCUCUCUGUCUCUAUUUCUCACCAUAUAAAAUGCCUCCCAUUAUGGAAGGAAUUCCAUCUUGGAAUAUAAAAGGGUGGCUCUGUUUUUUUCUUUUCUAAAAUGGUGACACCAUGCUUUCCUAUCUAUCUGUCAGAACUGGACUGAGAUGGAAGUGAGGGCUUGAUUGACGACAACAGCUGCUUCUUGUAGUCAAAGAUUCAGUCAUCUUAACUGUGUUUGUGUGUGUGAGGAGUGUGAGGGGAAGAUGUCAAAAACACACCGUUUCCGUAGCCACCACCACCACCACCGCCAAACAGGAUUUUCAAGCACACUUGAUAUCAUCUGCAUUAAGAUGUGAAAUUGUCCUUUUUUUCUAAGAAAAUCUGCAAAAAACACUGUUUAUUGAAAAAAAAUAUUUUUAUGUAUUUUCACGAAAUAGCUUUUAAAUAAACUUGCUUACAUACUGGUUGGAUAUAAACAUCAUAAUGUGUGAAUAUAAAGAAAGAAAAAAUACUAAACAGCUUCUAGUUCCAUAUUUUUAAAGCCAAAUACAUUGCAUAUGGGGGUGAGAUGUUGAAAUCAUGUAAUUAAUUCCUAUUCUAAACUUUCCUGUAUAUUUUAUUCUUUAACAUUUGGUGUUGAUAUGGAAUAUAUGUCAAUGCUUGACAUUUGGAAUCAAUCCUUCUAUGUUUUUCUUGUUAGAGUUGGUGCCGCAAUUUUGCUUUACACUUUUGUCUCUUCGUUUGCUUCAGUGCUUUUGCUGUUUGUAUUUUUUCUGACGAGGACCAGGGUCGUUGUUCUACUUUUCAAGAGGAAAUUAAUCUGUUUACAUGCCAUGAAUGGAAAACAGUAAACAAAAAAUAGUAUGAUAUGGUAUUACUGCAUCACAUUUUGAAGUGACAUCAAAAAGAGGCAUCCGCAUCCACAUGGUUUACGUGAUGGUUUCAAAUGCCAAAUAAGUAAGAGUGCCAAAUUCUAGUGCCAGUAGAUAUAAAUAUAGUCUUAAUAUACUCAGUCACUGUCAUCUCAGUGAAUGUAAAUGAUUCUGAUACAUUCUGUAACUUUUGUAACUAGAUGUACAGUUGGUGGCAAUGACAGUGCUAAUACAAUAGCCUUUUCGCUUUGUUUUCCAGUCUCCAUGUAUUUUGCAUUGAUCUGACAAUGAAGUAGCACCAGUUGCAUGUUGUUGCCGCAAAUACUACAUAAGUUUAUUUCAUUACUGCCAAACAUCCAUUUUCAUUUUAUUGUUGAAGUUGUGAGGUUAACUGUUUCAAAUUGGAAAUACAAUGUAAGACAUAUAUACAAUAUAUACAUAUAAACAUAUAUUUUAUAUAAAAAGUGAAAAUAUGAAAAAUGAUAUCCCCUUGUCAGAACUACUUUGCUUCCAUUGAAUACUGCAUUUGAUUACUUCUUCUGAAAAUACUUUUUUUUAAUGUUAUACAGCCACACAGUACAAUACUUACUCAAAUUACACAGACGAGCACUUCUAAUUGUACUUCAUUUUUAUUUUGUCUUUUUUUCCCCCGUUGAAAUCAACCUAUGAAGAGCCCUCCACUGCAACCAGCAGGGAGAUAAACUAUACUAUUAUUAUCACUGUUGUUUUUUGUAAUCAACUAUAGAAACAUAUACCGUAGUUGCUAAUCAAUUUCAUUGCAUAUUCAGACUAUUCCACAGACAUUUUGUAUAUGGAAUGUGUGCUAACUUGUUUAUUUUUUGGGAAUCUUUCUAAAUAAAAGUGGCUGAUCUCUUGUUA